CAGACCACCGUACUUUUUCACAACUCCACCUCUAAUCGAACCAGGUGGGAAUUGCAGAGGAAGAUCUGAUGUACUUGCUGGUGGAUCUCAACUUUACACAAGAUCAUGAUGGCCCUUGAACAACCCGAAGAUAUGGAAAGGAAGUGUGAGGCUUCCUUUAAAUGCCCCCACAAGGGAUUCCCGUACAACCUCCAGUGUAAUGGGAGUCCCAUUGAAGGAUUUCCAAAUCUUAAAGAUGCAAUUGGUAAUCAUCCAGUUGGGGAUGUUCCUGAAUCAGACCGUCCAUUGGGCAGCAAAUUUCUUGAACCUCCAACUGAAUGUCACAACAAACCUAACUACCAUCAUGAUUUUGGAUACUGGUCAACCUUCCAUUAUGACUCCCAAAAGGUGCAACAGUGCCAGACGAAUGCUUUUGAGAGCCAGUUUUAUCCCUUUCCCAUGGAAAAUCGAUUUCAUUAUGCUCCAUUCAAUAUGUUUGCUCAAAGUUACCCGAAUGACUUCCAGUUCCAAGACUUUCAGUAUUUUGUGGUAAUAGACUUUGAGGCUACCUGCGAUAAGGAUAGAAAUCCCCCUCCUCAAGAGAUAAUCGAGUUUCCAUCUGUGAUAGUGAGUAGCAUGACAGGCCAACUGGAAGCAUGUUUUCAGACUUACGUGAGACCAACAUGCAACCAACUCUUAAGUGAUUUCUGCAAGGAUCUGACAGGAAUCCAGCAAAUUCAGGUGGAUAGAGGAGUUACCAUAAGUGAGGCCCUUUUAAGGCAUGACAAAUGGCUUGAGAAGAAGGGAAUAAAAAACACCAACUUUGCUGUUGUGACAUGGUCAAACUGGGACUGUCGGGUCAUGUUGGAAUCUGAGUGCCGAUUCAAGAAAAUUCGAAAGCCUCCAUAUUUUAACCGAUGGAUCAACUUAAAGGUCCCUUUCUGUGAGGUUUUCGGUGGUGCUAGGUGCAACCUGAAGGAGGCAGUUCAAAUGGCAGGCUUGGCAUGGCAGGGCCGUGCUCACUGUGGCCUGGAUGAUGCCAAAAACACUGCUCGCCUACUUUCGCUUCUCAUGUGCAGGGGCUUCAAAUUUGCCAUUACAAACUCAUUGGUGUGGCAGACUGCUGACCGUCCUUUGACAAUGAAACAAUCCCCAGAGCACAUGUCACCACCACAUCACCCUCUGAAACUGAAGGAGAUGGGCGCUCCAGUAUUCCAUUAUCAUCACCCAUUCUGUUUCUGUGGGGUGAAGAGCAGCAAAGGUAUGGUCCGGAAGCCAGGGCCAAAGCAAGGGAGCUUCUUCUUUGGCUGUGGAAACUGGACCGCCACUAGAGGCGCCCGUUGCCAUUACUUCGAGUGGGCUUCUGCAUAAUCGAAAGUAAGAAAGAAAUUCCUGAUCUUUCGAGAUCUUAUCCUAAGCUUAUUCAAAAUUUCUUCUGUAUAAAAAAAGACCAAAAAGGGAAAAAAAAGAGAGAGGACGGAAGUAGGGAUUGUCUCCGAGAGGAAGCGAAAUACGGCAUUUUUAGCCGGCUGGUGAGGUUUCUGAUUCACCCAGAAGAAUAGAUAUAAAUAGUUGGCUCAAACUGCUUAUGUUUCUGCCAAAUAUUUAAGUACUCUAAAAAGGGAAGAACUUCAACCUGUAAAGAUGACUUUGAUGUUGACAGACGGAACAAUUUGGGGAGUGAAUUUGGGUAGUGAUUUUAGGAUGAUGGUGCUUCUGCAUGCAUGCCUGAGAGCUCAAAAAGGCAUGCCGAAUGAUCUUUAAAUAAACUUGUGAAAUAGGGGAGACUUAUGGUUUUCUAAAUGCAAACUUCUAUGGGCAUCUCAGUAGAGUUGAUGUGCCCACUUUGCUUGCUGUUC